CUCUCUCAUCAAUGGCCGACGAGUCGAGCCCCGACUGGCUGAACAAAGGCGACAACGCGUGGCAGCUGACGGCGGCCACCCUGGUGGCGCUGCAAUCGAUGCCGGGGCUGGUCAUCCUCUACGGCGGCUUCUCGAAGCACAAGUGGGCCGUGAACUCCUCCGUCAUGGCGGUCUACGCCUUCGCCGCCACCCUCAUCUGCUGGGUCGGCUGGGGCUACCGCAUGUCCUUCGGCGACAAGCUGCUCGACUUCGUCGGGAGGCCGGGGCCCGCCCUCGACGAGAACUUCCUCCUCGGGCGGGCCUUCCUGGGCGGCUUCCCGACCGCGACCAUGGUGUGGUUCCAGUUCGUGUUCGCGGCCAUCGCGCCCGUGCUCGUCGCGGGGGCGCUGCUGGGGCGGAUGAACUUCGCGGCGUGGAUGGCGUUCGUGCCGCUGUGGCACACGCUCUCGUACACGGUGGGGGCCUACAGCGUGUGGAAUCCCGAGGGGUGGCUGGCCAAGAUGGGCGUCAUCGACUUCGCCGGAGGCUUUGUCAUUCAUCUCUCUUCCGGUGUUGCUGGGUUUACGGCGGCCUAUUGGGUGGGGCCGAGGAGCGACAGCGACAGAAAACGGUUUCCACCAAACAACAUAGUAAUGAUGCUCGGCGGCGCCGGGCUGCUGUGGAUGGGUUGGACGGGCUUCAACGGCGGCGCUCCCUACGCCGCCAGCGCCGUGGCUUCGCUGGCGGUGAUCAACACCCACGUCUGCGCCGCCGUCAGCCUGGUGACGUGGCUGGUGCUCGACUUCUCCCUCCUCGGGAAGCCCUCCGCCGUGGGCGCCGUCAACGGCGCCAUCAGCGGCCUUGUCUGCAUCACCCCGGCCGCCGGGCUGGUGCAGUGCUGGGCCGCCAUGCUGAUGGGCCUCCUCUCGGGAACCGUGCCGUGGUACACGCUCAACCGGGUGGGCCCGCUCCGCCGCGCCGCGGACGACGCCUUCGCCGUCCUCCACACGCACGCGGUGGCCGGAGCCCUCGGCGGGCUCCUCGCCGGCGUGUUCGCGGUGCCGAAGCUGUGCCGCCUCUUCUACGGCGAGGCCGGCGGCUGGGAGAAGUACGUCGGCCUCGCCUAUGCCGUACAGUCCGGCCGAAACUCGGCCGGGCUGCGGCAGAUGGGGACGCAACUCGUGGGAGUUGCGUUCAUCGUGUGCUUGAAUGUUGUGGCGACCACACUCAUUUGUUUGGUGAUCAAAGGCUUUGUUCCUCUUAGAAUGAGUGAGGAAGCAAUGAAGAUUGGAGAUGAGGAGAUUCAUGGAGAGGUGGUGUCUAUCUCUAAGAUUGAGGGUGAAAGUAGCCCUAGGUUUUUCAAAGCUAAGGUUAAUUCCAUGUAUGAAGAUGAGGUUGUCUCCAAAACUCCCACUUAUGAAAUGCAUAGAGUUUGAUUUAACAUAUAUCCUAUGGUUGGUUGUCGUGAAAAUUGAGAAUAUUGCAUUGACGUGUAACAUUAUUGCAUUCGUCGUGAUAAUAGCUGCACUCGAGAAAAUGAGAAAAAAAUAA